AUGGCGUGCUUUUCCAUGUACAUGUUCAAGUCGACGCUGGACUACCGCACGGUGCGCGACUUUUUCGAGGUGCUGGUGCAGCUGUACCCCAAGUACCGCUACGUCGUCGAUUUUCAGCCGUACCGCGCGCGCUUCCGCGACAAGGCGCGGCGGAAGCAGACGGACGAGGAGGCCGAGCGCCAGCACCGCGAGCGCAACGAGGCGCUCAAGCGCGGCGAUCUGCCACCGAACUUUGGCCCGUACACGAACUACUCGCGCACCAUCCGUGCUGGCUCGUGGAUGCGCCCCGCCGCCUGGCGCAUUGACGAGGACUUUCACGUCUCGGAGAACAUUGAGGUGAUCUCGUGCGGGGGCCAUGGCACCGACGAGCAGGUGUUCAAGAUCGCGGGCCGAUUCUUGGCACGCCACUUUGACUACAACAAGCCGGUGUGGGAGGCCCUGCUGGUGCAGGGCCUGCGCACCGCCGAGGGCGCGCGGAGCGCGCUCAUGAUCAAGAUCCACCACUGCUUCUCGGACGGGCAGGGCAUGAUCCAGUCGUACCACGCGGCGCUGAUGGCGAUGAACAAGGGCAUGGGCAUCAGGGAGGUGCAGCAGUGGGUCGACAUCUCGAAGAAGAAAAAGUCGCACGGCUCGAAGCCCAUCAAGCCGGGCUUGCUCGGCACCGCGUCGCACAGCAUGUACACGAUGCGCGAGCUGUACUUCCGCAAGCGCAAGUCGUUUGUGUAUCGGCACCCCAAGCAGCCGCGUGCGGCGCAGCGCCUCUACUUCCACUCGGACGGUGUGCCUAUGACUGGCAUCAAGCAGAUCCGCGAGGCGUUCUCGACGCCGUCGACGCACUUGACGCUCAACGACGUUGCGGUGGCCAUCCUAGCGCGCGCCAUGGCGCGCGCCGCAGACCGCCUAAGCCCUGUCGGCACGAAGAACGACCGCCGCGCGGCCAUCUUCGUGCCCAUCUCGAUCCGGCCCGAGGGCAACUGGGACCUGUUCAACUACACGACCGGCGCGCUCACCUGGCUCAAGUAUCCCGACCUCGACGGCACGACCAUCGAGUCGCACCUCAUGCAUGUGCACAGGGAGAUGCUACGCCUCAAGAGCUCGUACCUGCCGAUCAUCUGGUACAAGACAUUCUACCACUGGUGCCGCCACCGCGCGCUGUACCUGCCGAACUAUCCGGUAUGGCGCCCCUUCUUUUACCGCGCGUUCAGCGAGUACCACGUCGCGACGAACGUGCCAGGCCCGACGGAGCCCGUGUCCUUUGGCCAGCACGAGGCCUUCAGCUACCACGUCCUGCCGCCCAGCUCCCCCGGCAAGGCCACGAUGGCCAUCGGCAUGAUCAGCUAUGCCGCAGACUUCUCGCUCGCUGUUGCGUGCGACGACGUGCCCGAGUUCCAGGAGGUGCCGCGCGUCCUGUGCGAGGCCUUCCACGAGGCUGCCAUGACCAUGGUGCAGGCCGCCCAGCAUCGUCUCGCCCAACGUACAGCCACUAGUACCUAG